AUGUUUCCCUGGAGCAAGUGGAAGAAGAGGAUGGGAGCGAGCGCCUCCUCCUCCAAGAGACCCGUCUUCGACGAGCGAGAGGACGUGAACUUUGACCACUUCCAGAUUCUCCGGGCCAUUGGGAAGGGAAGCUUUGGCAAGGUGUGCAUAGUGCAGAAGAGGGACACAGAGAAGAUGUACGCCAUGAAGUACAUGAACAAGCAGCAGUGCAUCGAGAGGGAUGAGGUGCGCAACGUGUUCCGAGAGCUGGAGAUCCUGCAGGAGAUCGAGCACGUGUUCCUGGUCAAUCUCUGGUAUUCCUUCCAGGACGAGGAGGACAUGUUCAUGGUGGUGGACCUGCUCCUGGGAGGUGACCUGCGCUACCACCUGCAGCAGAACGUGCAGUUCACUGAGGAGACAGUCAAACUCUACAUCUGUGAGAUGGCUCUGGCCCUCGACUACCUGCGGAGCCAGCACAUCAUCCACAGAGAUGUAAAACCAGACAACAUCCUCCUCGAUGAACAAGGUCAUGCCCAUUUAACAGAUUUUAAUAUUGCAACCAUCAUUAGGGACGGGGAAAGAGCGACAGCAUUGGCUGGGACAAAGCCAUACAUGGCCCCGGAGAUUUUCCACUCCUUCCUGAGCGGCGGGACGGGCUAUUCCUUCGAGGUGGACUGGUGGUCCCUGGGCAUCAUGGCCUACGAGCUGCUGCGGGGCUGGAGGCCGUACGACAUCCACUCCAACAACCCCGUGGAGUCCCUGGUGCAGCUCUUCAGCACCGUCAGUGUCCAGUACUCCUCAGCCUGGUCCAAGGAAAUGGUCGCGCUGCUGCGCAAGCUGCUGACAGUGAAUCCCGAGCAUCGCUUCUCCUGCCUGGCGCACAUCCAGGCCUCGGCUCAGCUCUCGGGCGUGGUGUGGAGCGACGUGAGCGAGAAGCGCGUGGAGCCGGCCUUCGUCCCCAACAAGGGCCGCCUGCACUGCGACCCCACCUUCGAGCUGGAGGAGAUGAUUCUGGAGUCAAGGCCCCUGCACAAGAAGAAGAAGAGGCUCGCAAAGAACAAGUCAAGGGAUAACAGCAAAGACAGCUCGCAGUCUGAAAAUGACUAUCUCCAGGAAUGCCUUGAAGCUAUCCAGCAGGACUUUGUCAUCUUCAACAGAGAGAAGCUAAAGAAGAGCCAGGAGCAGCCCAGCGAGUCCGUGUCUGCCUCUGAGGCCACCGAGGAGGCCGAGGCCGAGCCCCUGCACAUGUGCAGCUCCGUGUGCUCCUCGGGCAGCAGCUAGGCCAGGGCCGGCCGCCGCCCUCACCUGCCCUCAGGUGCGCCGAGCACCCGAGCCCACCGCACAGCACCGGCAGCUGCCCUGGGAGCUGGAGCACGCCAGAUUCACACGGGACUGCCCUGGCCAUGGAUGGCCUGCCCAGGAGCCAGAUUCACACAGGACUGCCCCGGCCAUGGAUGGCCAGCCCAGGAGCCAGAUUCACACAGGGCUGCCCCGGCCAUGGAUGGCCUGCACAGGAGCCAAAUUGCCA